GGUGUUUAAGCGCCAUUAAAUUGGUCACGGCGAAUCAGCGGCUUUGAGCGGCUUUGGCCGUUAAGGCCUGCCAUGGUUUAUCAUAAAGAUCCGGCGAAAAAGCUUCCAGCAGCAAAGUGUUCAACAUGAAACCAUGACCUGGGAGAAAUUGGUUGUGCCUCACUCUGCGCCAUUGAAGAAGAUAGUAUUUGCCGCGGAUUCCUCAAAAAUGAGGAAACGCAGACGUGUGAUCUUGUUGCUAUCGCAAAUACCAUUCUGUGCUCAAAUAUGUCCAUCAACAAUAUAGACAGAAAAAGGUUGAAAGUCCAAGAAUUCAACGCCAAAUCUUCAAAAAAAGGCCUUUAUUUACUUCUUCCACAAAUCGGAAAAGCAGUUUCACUGUCCAACAUGCAACUACCAGACAUUUCUAUCCCAAGCAACCCCGAUCUCAUGGAAAUGAUGAUUGAGUACCAAAGAGGAGUCUUAGGUUGCAGUGGAGACAGGAGAUGUUGGUUCUGGGAGAACGGUUUUGAUGAAUGGCAACCAUUUGCCUCUCCUCAGAGCAAUCACUUUCUUGGAAAAAUGGUACUACUUGAUGGCAAACCUUUGCUGAUUGGAGGUUGCGAUUCUGGUGAUGUAAAAUGCUCAAUUUUGGCCAAGGUUGAAGUGUAUGAAGAGGGCGACAAACAAUGGCAUUACAAGACAGCUUUACCGCAACCCACGAGAGGUUUUGCAGCCAUUGUCAUAGACAAUGGAACCAAAGUAAUUGUGGCGGGUGGAAUGGUACCCAGUGGGAGCACCAAUAUAGUUAGAAGUUUCCAAGCACUCAGCAAUAUCUGGACGAGCUUGGAUCCAUUACCUUCACUCAUCUGCUGUCAAAUAGGAUCCCUAGUGACGUUACCAGACGCUCGGGAGGGGUUUCUGAUUGUGGGCGGAUUUGCUGAUGGCUUAAUAAGCGAUAAGGCCUUCUUUAUGGAUUUGACUACCAUGUCUUGGGAGAGGCUUGCAGCAUUUGACACUACAGGAAACAAUAUAUAUGAUGGUGAUAUGUUUUAUCUUGAAGGGCAACUAUUCGUCAUCCCAAGUUAUCAAGGUGGCAUUAGGAUAGAGGCCACAAGGAUUUUCUCGAGGCAAAUGACGGACAGCAACACUCAAUGGAUUGCCCACGACAUGUCGGCAAAGUUCGACUUGGGAAAAAUCACUAAAAUAUCUAUGGUAGUUGAAGAAUAUCCCAUUGAUUGGAUUUCAACUUGAGAUGAAGUGCCAAUGUUGCAUUUAUGAACACUAUUUUUCCCUUUCAAGAAAAUAAACAU